AUGGGGGUCUGGCUUCCGGUCGCCUGCACUGUGUUGUCUUCAUCAAAGCCGCAAAAAGCUCACCUCACCCAGUUCGGGAGCCAUGUCCCGCCACCGCAACACGAGUUCAUGUACCGCAGGGACUCUCCCAGUCGCCAGCGCUCCGUUUUCUCCUUCGUCCAACAAGAAGAGACCGAGUAUCAGACUCAGGAAUCCACCACUGACCCAGGAGAUGCCGAGAUCCUGGAAGCCAUGAUACCGCAAGUCCAACAAGCCGUGGGCAGUAGAUUUUCAGCCCAUCAGAUCACUCAGGAGCUCCGUAGUGCCAACUACGACGUGGAUAAGACCGUAGUGGCUCUACUAGAAAAAGGUAAAGCUCCAGCCGCAGCCGGUGGCGUGUUACCAUUGCAGAUCCAGAUCCCCCGCCUGGAGACUGUAGCUCUAGCCAUUGGCAACGAGGAGAAACAAGAGCCCAAACCUAAAAAAGAGAUUGUCAUGCCUGCUCCUGCUAAGGGCAAAGCGACGGCUAUUGGAGCCAUGCCAUCAACGCCUAAAGAAGAGAAGAAGCCUCGCAUAUCUGCAGCUGAUGCAGCCAAUGCCGCCCCAGUGAUCUCUCGGGCACAUACGCAGUUCACUCCAGCGGAGAAGAAGGCGUUCGAACGCGCAGAGUUAAAGACGCAGGAGCAGGCUGUUAAACUGGAGGAAGAGGCUCGUACUGGAGGCAAGACGAAGAUCAGUAUGGUCGUAAUUGGACAUGUGGAUGCAGGCAAGAGCACCAUUACUGGUCAUUUACUGUACAAGCUCGGGUAUGUGAGCAAAAGACUGAUGCACAAGUACGAGAAGGAGUCGCGAGAGGCCGGUAAGUCUUCCUUUGCGUAUGCCUGGGUCAUGGAUGCAGACGACGAGGAACGAUCACGUGGCGUCACUAUGGACGUGGGUACGAGUCACUUUGAGACGGACACCAAGCAUGUGACGCUGCUGGAUGCACCAGGCCACCGGGAUUUUAUCCCAAAGAUGAUUGCAGGAGCUGCACAGGCAGAUGUCGCCGUGUUGGUCGUACCAGCGGUGACUGGCGAAUUCGAGGCUGCGUUCGAAAACUCUGGACAGACCAAGGAGCAUACACUACUAGUGCGAAGUCUCGGUGUCUCACAGAUGGUUGUGGCAGUCAACAAGAUGGAUAUGGUCAACUGGGAUAAGGAGCGCUUUGACAACAUCGUCACGUCGCUCUCCAUGUUCCUUCAGGGUGCGGGAUUCCGUCCCAAAAACUUACGUUUCGUUCCUCUCAGUGGGAUGACUGGUGCUAAUUUAGAGAAGACGGGAGGAGUGAAGGAGUGCUCGUGGUAUUCAGGGCCUUCACUUGUUGAGGCUAUUGACACCUUUGCUCCCCCUCAGCGCCAGAUCUCGAAGCCGUUCCGGAUGACCGUCUCAGACGUAUCCAAGUCCAUGAGUCUGGGUCAAACGAUCUCUGGUCGCGUGUAUGCUGGUGCCGCUGCGGUCGGCGACUCGUUUCUGUUGAUGCCCAUCGGACUCACUCUGACAGUAAAAGGAAUGGAGCAAGACGGCAAGUCGUGUACACUUGCUCGCGCUGGAGACACCAUCGAGAUGGGAGUCACCGGGAUCGAUCCGUCGGCAUUGACUACUGGCAGCAUUCUGUGCUCCAUCGCGUCGCCUGUGCAGCUCGCAAAGAAGUUCGAGGCUAAGAUCAUGACCAUGCCGGCAGUGGAGGUGCCGCUGGUGAAGGGGACGUACGUGACGAUCCACAUGCACAAUGUGGACGAACCCGUGAACAUCACUCGGUUGGUGAGCAUGCUGAGCAAGACUGGAGAGGUAGAGAAGAAGAAACCGCGUUGUAUCACUCGGGAGCGCUCGGCCGUGGUGCAAAUCACGUGUCACCGCAAGAUCUGCCUCGAGGAGUUCGCAAACUACCGCCAGCUGGGACGCUUCACACUGCGCGAUCGCGGCAAAACCCUGGCGGCUGGCAUUAUCACGCAGAUCAUCGCUUAG